AUGACGAGCUCCUCCACGCCGUCCCGCAAGGCGCUGAGCAAGAUCGCCUGCAACCGGCUGCAGAAGGAGCUCGCCGAGUGGCAGGUCGGCCCGCCCGCCGGCUUCAAGUACAAGGUCUCCGACAACCUCCAGAGAUGGGUGAUCGAGGUGGGCGGGGCGGAGGGCACGCUCUACGCCGGCGAGACGUACCAGCUGCAGGUCGACUUCCCCGAGCAUUACCCCAUGGAGGCACCUCAGGUCAUUUUCCUCAACCCGGCGCCGAUGCACCCGCACAUUUACAGCAACGGGCACAUCUGCUUAGGUAAACUCCAUCAUGCCGCGCCUCUCAUCCCCUCCCCUCUCCUCUCCUGGGGAAAUUUUUUUUGUCUAUGCCUCCGUGCCGGUGCCUAUUUUUGA